AUGGCGGACGGUUCCGUUCUUCGUGUCGUUGAAUUUUACAGCGGAGUUGGUGGAAUGCAUUUCGCUUUGAAGGGUAAAGGUGAAAGUUUAUCGUGCUAUUUAUUUAACUGGUAAUCCUGGUGAGCUACACAUUGAUCAUUUACAUGUUCUAUCGUCGCUAUUGUUACUGUACGUUAAUAUUGAUCAAGAUUAUUAAACUUGAACAUGCCAACAACAGAAUACUUUAGAGGGCCAUACAUGUUUUGUACGGACGUAAAGAUGCACAAGUGGCGUACUAGUCAUGAUGACUGUUUACAGAACGAGAAACACAAAUUAAAGUUUUGACUUAAAGUGUCAGACAGAAAGCAAUGUAUAUGUUAAUUUGUGGUUCAAUUCUAUCCUUGGCUUAAAUUUUUAGCUAUAAAAAAUUGCAUAAGAACUUUUCUUAAAAGCAUUUUAAGAAAUUUAAAAAAAUAAAGUUGAAAAAUAUACCACGUUUGAACGUUCUUGGACGUCAUUAUCAAGUUAAAAAAAAAUACAGUGUGGAUACAAGAAAAACAAUAGUUCAUUAAAAAGAAAUGUAACAUAAGAAUAUGUUGUACAAGUUAAAGAAAGUGUUUAACACUAAUGGAUUCUCUCUGAGUAUUAAGGCUAGGCCUAAAGUUCUUUGAUGAAUAACAUUUUUAUUUUCUGUGGCAUUUCUUAAGAAUGCAAAACUGACUCUCAUUAAGAAGAUUUUUGUCACCAUGAGCUUCUGAAAAUUGUUUACCGAUAGCUUAAUAUGUGUGUUCAGCAAUGCAUGGAUGAAGAUGUCGGGCUAUAUGUAGCCAACAAAAACCACAUCACACAGAUCACAUGCAAAUUUAUAAAUAAUGCAAUGCUGACUCACAAUACUCUACUUAUCGCCAUGCUCCAAUUUUCUGCCCACAAAAACACUGGUAGACUGUUAAGUGCCAGCAAUGUUGUUGCUGAGAUCAUGCAAUAAUUAUUGCCUAUGGACUGCAUUAGCAGCUAUAAUUAUUAUGAUCUUUGACGGGAAGAUCUAUUCUAAUUGUGUUGCCGUCAUCGGUUUAUUUUCUUUUGAUUUGUGUCUGGGUAUGGUAAUGUAUGAUAAUGACCUUUUAACAGAAGGAAAUAAAAUUUAAUCCAAGGAUAAAACCACAACCCAUUAUUUUAGGUAUAAGUUUUAAUAAACAAGUGGAGGCACAUGCACAUUUUAGUGGCCAAUGAUGGUGCGAUUGUCUAUCCAGUGAUGAUAUCAAUGAUGGUGCAAUUGUCUAUCCAGUAGAGUCUAAAAGAACAUGAAAGCUACAUUACAUAUAAGAUAUGUUUUUAUAAUAGUAGCUCGGCGGUUCGGUGGCUCUUCAGUCGGGACUGGCAAUCUGCCAAUCCACUUGAGUGAUAAUUUCAUUUUUAUUUCACUGGUGCACAAACCAUCUAGCCACUCGAAAGAAUAAUACAGUUAUGUAGUUCUUUGAAAUGUUGCCCUGUAUGAUUCUGUAGUUGAUUGUAUGACAGACUACAGGACAAUGUGACUGCAUUAACUGAAAAAACAUCAUUUACUAGAUCACUCUGGGACCACGGGAGCAGUUGACUGACAUCGGCUUUAGGUGGCCUCUUAUUCUGAAGUAAUAUUGUUCCAAAAAGAAGCCAACUUUAAAUCUUUGUACAGUUUAAUGACUGCUCCUGCAGUCUUGCAGUCCUCAGGGGCACCCAACAUCAAUUUUCGGAAAAUAUCUGUUCAUAAAGACGAUUUGAGAUCUGUUGUAAAAUUUCUUGCUUGCUUGCCUAUCCUAGGAUUUUGGAAAAUCUAAAAAUGGAAUAAUUGCCCAUUUUUAACGGAUUUUUACCCUAAAAACCUCACCUAGAAUUUUCGGGAGCGUUUUUUUUGGCUGAUAUUUUAGAAAAGGUAAGUUUUGAUCCCUAUAAUUUUUGGAUCACUAGACUUUCAGCUUGGCAAUCCGAACAGAUGAAAAAUUUUUAGGGGAUAAAAAUAUGUCCAUAUCUAUCAUAAAUACUAAAAUACGUUUAACAAUGCUAUGUGUAAGUAGUUUUGAACUAUAUUAUUUUUGGGUGCCCCUGAGUCCUGUAGCCCUGUAAUCGAUGUGGCUAAAUUCAAUUUAGGCAAAGUUAACCUCGAAGCAAUGCUGGUCACCAGUUUUUCCAGUUAUACUUGGGGUGGCCUGAUACCUCUGGCAGGGGCACCUCGUGACUUAUAUACGCAGUUGCUUGCUUGCAGUUCUUUGCAAAGUAUUGUUGCAAUAACAAAAAGGCACUUUUUGAGGCACUUUUAAAGAGGAAAGCCAUGAAAAGUUUUGCCACGUGUAUCCUGAGCUUAUAAUAAUAUUUAUAACCUGAGUUCCCUUGCAAGUUUGAGCUAAGACUCACAUGAUUAUGAUUUGUUUCUCAUUUUUUUACUGCUGAGUGGCUACUAGGGUCUUUAAUUUAUUAAAAUAAUGUAAAUUGAGAAAUUUUGGACUCUGAAGUUGGUCAACUAUUUGGGCAAACUAAUAGAAGGUGAAAUUGUUAUGGGAUGACCUCUGAAAGGUUAUCUUAACAUCAUUGUCAAUGAAUAUGACAAUUGUUAUUCAGAAUAUGGGUACUGGCUGGCACUGCAUGCUAGUGCCAAUCUCAUUGCUCUGUCAUUGCUACUUGUUGUACAUCUUUAAUCACCAUAAAAAUAAAUUGCUAUUACCAUUGUCACUGCCAUGCUACUAUAAUAAAAUAUUUGCCACUUCUGUUAUAACCAUAUUACCAGUCCUGCCAUUACCAUAACCACGUGGAUUACAGUAGUCACAUUAUUGUAGCAAUUGUAUGACUUACAUGUAUUCAUUUCAAUUAUGCAGGUUGCAGUUUCCCUAGUGAAGUAGUAGCAGCUAUGGAAAUCAACACCACAGCGAACCAAGUGUACCACCUUAAUUUCAGUGACACAAACUUGCUUCAAAAAAAUAUUGAGGUGAGUGGACUUAAAUUUUAUUAACUCAGUCUGUUUAGUUCAAAAUGUCUGAUUUUACAAGGGAAAGAACCUGGAUUGGGAAUGCAAUUUUGAUCUUGACCCUUUCAGAAUGCCUUCAAAAUGUCUCAAUAUUGGAGAUUACUUAUAAUGGAUGUUUUUGUGUUUAAGUCAGAGUAGGUUAUUUUGCCUUUAUUUGACUAAAAAUGCUUGCAAGGGGUGGUAUACCUACUGUAUCUUCAUUGCAUGUAACUGUGAUAUAAAAUACGAUUUCCACUGCACUGCACUGCACCCUAUAAUUUGACUAAAAUUAUCUUCAAUCUUUCUCAAAUUGUGUACAGAACAUUGUGUUACAGAUUACUUUUUAUAAUAAAGUAACAGUUUAAUGCUGCAAAACUUUUGGCUAAGAGGUGUAUUAAAUUUAAAAUGUGUUUUAGGGUUUGACAGCUCAAGAGAUUGAUAAACUAUCAGCCAAUGUGUUUCUUAUGUCACCUCCAUGUCAGCCUUUUACAAGGUAGAUAUCUUUAGUGGCUGCCCCUUAUGUUCCUGGGAGUUGCGCAUGUAUGUUGACUUUUUCAACAGACUAUUAUGCAGAGAUUUUAGGACUUUUCACACUCCAAUAAUAAUAAUUGUACUUCUAUUACCUAGAACUGCAAACUAGCAUACAUGAAUAUUGAAAUUUGAGACAUCGACUAGGUGCUUGAACAAUAUUAUAACUAAAUGUAUAAUCAAUACCUGCCUUUUGAAAUGGAGAACACCAAAAACUUCUCGUAGUAUUUUUUAAUAAACAAAAAUAGACUGUACAACAAAAUGAAUGUAAUCAGCCUUUCAUGCAGUUAUAGGCCAUCUGAGGGGUAAGAUGUAUAUGUAUGUCAUCUGUUAGGUCAGGAAGCCGUCUUUGUUUGGUCAUUGACCCAAGACCUGUCUCUUACCUGGAACACUGUGUAAUUUUAGCAAAACAGCUGUAUUUAAUUUUUACCAUUAAUUUAUUCACAUGGAGCUGUAUUUUACUCCUCUUUAGUGUAUAUAUAAUUUAUUGAGGUAGCAUGGUUUACAUUGUAUUUCCUUAUUGAAAAAUGAUGUCAAGAUGUCAUUGAAAAUGCUCCGUAAUUUGUCGAUUUUAGGCUUUUAACUGGCUUGGUUAUCAGUGAUGUCAUUGAAAAUGCUCUGUGAUUUUGUCCAUUUUGGUUUUGAAAAUAAUUUUGUUUGAUCAUCAUAAUCGUUAUUAUGUUGGUUUUUAACAGGGUUGGUCAUCAAGGUGCAUCAAAAGAUCCCAGAACGAAAAGCUUUCUUCACAUUCUUGAGCUUUUACCUAAGUAGGUCAAGAAUGCUUUUGUGAUAUCCUUGAUGUACAUGACUGUAUUAUGUUGUGUUUUAAUUUUAUUACUGGUCUAGUUUUAAUGUUCUUGUGUUUUUUUUGUUGUAUGUGUGGUAAUGCAUGUCAAUGACUGCAGUUUAACAAAUAAAAAAGGAAAGGAAAAAAAAGGAGAAAAAGAGAAAAAAAAACAAAUAAAAAGAGCAUGGCAGUGAAGCAUACUGUAUAAUUUUUUAUAACAUAGCACGCGUGCUUGCCCUAUAUAAGUCCUAUUGAGCCGCUAUGAACAAAAUCUUUAUUUACGCCCGCCCAUGCGUAAAUAAGAUGACCUGUUCAGCUGUGUUUUUCGUCCCUUUUCCCAAGUACCCAAAAAUCGACAGCAAUGAUAAAAAACUUUCUAGACUUUUUUUGGAAUUGAGCUUCGUUCUAGCCACUCAAAGCAACAGCAAAAGCGGUGACAUGUUUCGCAAAUAAUAGAGCCUGCAUGAUUCGUUGAAACUUGAAAGUCUGCCGUAAAGACUGACAGUUACUUGGGAAAAGACCACAAAUUGGUCUGUGUCGGAAAAUAUCCAAUUUGUACAAAGUGUCCUCUGUUUUUAACGUUUGUUUUAUAUCCUACAAAACAAGUUAAUUAAAAAGUAAGCUCAACAGCAAAAACUUAUACACUUUUUGUUAUCGCCGAACAAUCCGACUGAAGCAGGAAAAUUUCUCUUGCAAUAACAAGACAAAUUACACAAGGAGACAUGAAUUUAUUACUCACAAAAACAACUGCUGCUGGGUCUUCUCAAGAAGCCGUAAUGACCAGCCAUUGUUCGUAAAUGAAUGUAAGGUUAACGUAGGAUGACAGUCGUCUUCGCUGAAAAACAAGUUUUCUGGAUUUCGCCGAGCAAACAUAAACAUCUUUCAAGCAAAUCCAAACCAUACUCCACGACUUCUUACGAACAUGUGAGUAAUUUCACUUCAGGCGGACUAAUGAAGACUCUUUUUUCUUUGUUUCUUUUUAGUUUUCAUGAUAGUUAAUGAAUAAAUAAGCAAAUUUUCUUUCUCAGUUUUACAGAAAGAAUUUUCAUUCAAACUAAACCAUUGUGGCGUGUUUGUAAUCAGCCAAUAGAGGCGUUUCUUAUUUUGUCGCUCGUUACGAGAAUUUUGUAGUUAAUCAAAAAGCAAGCAUUUUUGACAGCUAUGUUAUAAAAGAAUUUGCUCAGGCUUUUAGCUGUGCGUAUAUCGAGUUAUGGAUGCACUUGGGAAGUUUGGAGAGCACUCAAGGAGCAUCUUUUGUGCUCUCCAAACUUCCCGCAUGUAUCCAUAACUCGAUAUACGCACGCUAAGCAUGAACAAAUUCUUAAAUUUUCAUAUGAUUGAUUGUUUCAAACAAAUGGCAGUUUACAGUGUAUUUUGAUCUUGUUAUAUUUAGUGUCAUUUUUGAAAAAAAAAGUCAAUUUAAACUAUGAUGUGCAUUAGUUUUACCCCCUAUUUUUGUUUAUAAAUUUUAUAUACAGUUCUAUAAUUUGCAAACUUGUUUUAGAUUGGCUAAACCUCCUGAUUAUAUCUUGAUGGAGAACGUCAAAGGAUUUGAGUCAUCAGGUACAAGGUACACUGUACACCACAAAAUUUACUGUUGAUUAUUUAGUAGUUGAUUACAUGUUACAAACAAAUACAGUCAAACCCUGUUAAUACAGACACUGAGGGGGCCAUGGAAAGUAUCCGUAUUAAGCCGGUUGAAUUUAACUCUUUAAGCCGCAAUAUCCACAUACAAAUUCUCCAAACUGGUCUCUAUACAUUUCCUUUAAGAAUUAUUUGAGAGAAUUUGAUAAAAGAUCAAGGUAUUUUCUCUUUGGUGAUCAUUUUAUUAACUCUCAUAACCUUGUCUCUUGCCAACAAUGUAUGGAUAUCUUUAGGAGAAAAUUGAUGUUGAUCACUAUUGGGACUUAAAGGGUUAAAGAAAAUCUAAGGGCUUUCUUUUCCUGGGGACAAAGCAAACUUAUGGUCCAUAAUAAUGAGGUGUUCAUGUUAAGCUUGUGCCCGUAAAGUGGGCUUUGACUGCUCUUCCAUGUAGACUUAAUAUUAAUUCAAUUUAAUACUAAUUAAAUGGUUUUUAAUUACUUAGGGAACAUUUUGUAGGAACACUGAAGUCUUGUGGAUACCAUUAUCAGGUGAUCAGUUGAAUAAUUAUUAACAUACUACGUUUUGUAUUGGUGACGAGAAGCCUUCACAUGAUUGGGAGUUUUUUGGUUGUUUACAGCCUUAAUUUAAAAAUAUGAAGGUCCUUGAUCUGGUUAUAAAAAUUUUAAUAUCUAUUUUUGUUUCUUUUUUUGCAGGAAUUCUUGUUAUCUCCAAUUCAGGUGUAGAACUUGGUGAACAUAUACUAGCUAGAUCAACAAAAAUAUAAUAAUUUAUAAGUAGUGAUAACCGUUGCAUUCUGCUUUGGAUAUCCUCUGAACUCAUAAGAUUCCCAUUGCAAUCAAUGGUUUGUUUGUUUAUUUUUUCAUACUACAUGUAUGCAAAAGCCAAAAUGAAACUACAAUAUGACUUAAAAUUUAUAUCAAGACCAGUUACAACUGUAGGCGAACUUUAAGGGUGUUUAAAAAUACUUUGAACGAUGGGUCUCGAGGGAGAGAUUUAUUUUUCUUAAAGUUUCCUGACACUAAGCAGGUUAAGGGGAGCAUUCAUGACAUGAUUUGUUACAUAGACCACUAAGAAUUUUAAGCUUUUAUAUGUACAAAUUUGUGAAAGUGAAUCUCUGCAAGCUGUCAACAUUUCCAAGUAACAUUGCUCUGUUACCCACUGGCAUCAUAUGGUGUAGAUUUUGAAGUUACUCACUCAGGAAUUAAACUUUUUGUGGGAAACGGUUCUAUUGUGACAUGUCAUUUAGCCUAAGUUUAGUUACCGAUGGGAGCGCACACUGUUUUGAAGAAGAAGAAGUGCCUUUAUUUACCAUACUUUCAUACAGGUGACCUAUUACAUUAUUACAAGGCAGGAGAUCAAGCAUGUUUUGCUGAGCUUUUAGACAAUCUCCGCUUUAUUCUAAAUAGAUGUAAAGAAUAUCAGAAGGCGGACUUCCUGUUUUUACAGAUUCUAUUGGUUGGUUGUAAAAAUUGAUGGUCAGUUGUAAUUACCAAGUACAGCAGCUAUAGCUGUGAUAUGUGUGUGUAUGUAGUGUAUUUAAUAUCUUGACUGUUCUUUUUAGUUUGGAAUCCCGAACUCUCGAUUGAGGUACUAUCUUUUGGCCAAAAAGAAGCCACUCCAAUUUUUCUUCUCAACCCGUGAUGAGGUAUUUAUGCCCAUAAUAAUCUUGUACAUCCUGAAGGGGAAUAUCAAAUCCCAGGAACCAACUACAACAAUCCUAUAAUUUACAAUAUUAUCAAAUGGUACAACUAUUGAACAUUAUGAUGUGAAUUGCAGAAAUACAAAUUUAAGUGAUGAUGUGAUUGUUGCAGUUGUAAUAGCAAUUUAAUCAAUUUCAAAUUAACCUGGAAAAAAAAUCUUUCAUUCCUUUCACGAGUUAAGACAACUCGAAAAUAGGCCACUUCCGAGUUCCAAAAACCCUCGCUUUCAAAAUGAGGCUAGGUGCACAACCUUUUUUGUGAAAAUGAGUUUUAUUUGCAUGAGAAUGAAAAAUCAUUUCCAUAUCAAAGGCUGAGCACCUACCCUCGUUUAGAAACAGAGGCCGGGGGGCAACUCGGAAAUGGUCCAUUGACCCGCUCACAAUGUGUGUGGGUCUUCAUAGCUCAGUUGGUAGAGCACUGCAGCGAUAUCGCAGAAGCCAUGUCUUUGAAUGCAGUUGACCCCCGGUUUUUUUUUUCCGUUUAAUUUCCUAAACGCAACUGAAGCAAUUUUUAUAUCUUUGUUUAAACUAACUAUCAUAGUGUCUUUCUCGGAAUGUGCGCCCCCAUAGGGCUCUGUCCACACUUCAGAAGUCUUAAGUUUUGCAAAGCUUUUUUGUUUGCUUCAGAAAUUGGCGCUGCAAAUCUCGUAGCGUAAUUAUACGGCACCAAAGAAAUCUCGAUCUUACGAUGUUCAAUUGAAAAUUGUUCUGACAUUAUAUGAGAUAUUUCUGUGUUAAGUUAGAGCUUCUGAUCGCGCUAUGGGACGAUAUAUAUUAUUUUCUUUUUUUAAAAAUCACAUUCAGUAAGUACAUAUUAUGUUACGAUGCCAAGCAGACAGAUCUUUGACAUAAAAUCCUAUUAAUUUUUUAUAAUUACCGUAUUUACUCGAGUAAGCGCUGCGGUGCUUUUUAAACUUUUUACGACUAAAUACGGUAUAGUAAGGGCCUGUUUACAUGGAGGUGGGGGACCCCAUGUAGCUGAGGAAGCCCGCAUGGGUGGGGUAACCCGCCUGUCCAUAUAAUCUCUCAUUUUAAUCUGAUCACGUUUACAUGAUGGGUAGGGUCACCCCCUAAAUGUUACCUCACCUAUCUGAGGUCCCCCAACUCCAUGUAAACAGGCCGUAAGAUACAAUUCUUAACUUUCACUUCAUGCAUAUUCUUUUCCAUGAUUCCAGAUUAUGGAGACCCUACCCUCAUAUACAACACACAGCUGUAUGACCUUGGAUCAAAAUUUUCAAAGUGACAACGAAAGGCCCGUUGGAUCACUAGCGAUGGCAAGUGAACCUAGCGCAGUUAGCAACAAACAGGGAACAACGCAAGAAAGCGUUAUGAACAGUACUGACCGAAAAGACAACUCUGUAUGCGUUAAGUGUCUCCAAGCUAGAAGUGAAGGAAAUUUAUGUGCAGACGACGCUGUGUGUGAUUCCACAGAAAGUUUUAAGCCUUUGACCUGUCGAAGAAUUGACAAUUUCCUCGAAAAAAACAAAGAUUAUAAUUACUAUGAAGAGUUUAUGUUACCGGAUAAAGUUUUGAGCAAAUUUGCUCUUGUUUUAGGUAAGUACGUUUUGUUGUCGAUGGUCAGUGGCGGCGAUGCCUUUUACCUUUUCUUUUUCAAAUAGGCGAUUCCAUGUCUAAUACUCAAUACCAUCAUUGUCAAGCCUUUUUUAAGGUCAUGUUACACGCGACGAUUUGGAACGACGAUUUUUAGCGAAAACACAGCCUUGCAAUGUUGAAACAAUAUUGCAACCAUUGGAAACAAUGCCGCAAUAAUGUUGCAACGCUGUGUUGCGCGCGUUAAAAAUCGUUUGUGUGAAUUGUGGCGCGUAACAUUAGGCAAAAAUACAUUAUUUUUGAAAUAGUCGUUUAAGAACGGAAAAUGGCCACCUGUUAAGAUGUAUCAUUUAUUAGAGGCUGUUAAUCUUAAUAAGUACUUGAAUUCUUCGGAAUUUAGGCGGGUCGGCGUGGUUUUGCUGUGGUAAGGGAAGGAGUUCAGCAUACAUGUAUCUUGCCCCUGGGUUUAAUUCUGGGUUGUGAAGUCCCUGUCUUUAUUAGAAGCACUUUCAAUAACAGUUUGAAAAUUUUUCCUAAGUGUCUUGUGAAUGGCAUCGUUUGUUUUCAAAAGGAAAAAUUGCGGAAACAAGAAGCGAUAAGAGAUGGCUGUGUUGGGAGGAUGUUUUUUACGUGUAUGGGACCAUUGAUUAACGUGCAAGACUGACUAAUGUGGGUCUGUUGUGCACACAGGAUUGAGACAAUGUUUAACGAACACCGUUAUUGAUUUCAAUUUUGCCAGCCCUUACAUGUAUAUCUUACUACAUUUAACACCUAAUUCACAAAGUAUAUCCCUGCUGCCCCGAGUUAAAAUAAAUGCCUAGAUGUUUACGACCUGUGGCCUCAUUCCUCCGUUUUAUUGGAGCGCAGGUAGGCCUAGUCCAAAGGUCGUGAGUUGAAACCUCGCUGGGUCAAAAAACACUUUCUUUGAUGCCUAGAAAGUACUGUUCGGAAGGAUUGAUAGAGUUUUUCACUUCUUAGCACUCGCAAUGUUAACACAAGUUCAUUUUCAUCGUAACAUGCGUGAAUCCAAGUAUUAAUUUUUAUAAUAAUCGAAAUUGGUCGCCAUGAUCCAAUGCAAAAAUGGCUGCUGGAUUAAUAUUGUCUUGUUUAAAUGAAAAUUAACCUGACUAGCCUCGUUAGAGAUAAUGUAAACUCUUGUGAAUUCUGUAUUGGAGAACGAGGCUAGUCAGGCAAAUUUAAAUUUAAAAAAGAAUAUUAAUUCAGCAGCUAUUUUUUCAUUGGGUCUAUACUAAGCUCUUUAUGAAAAAUGGAUAAUUUUGCUUUGUCCACCUCAGAUAUUGUGACACAUCAAUCCGAUCGUUCCUGUUGCUUUACAAAAGCGUAAGUAUUCCUCGCUUGAAAGUACCGCAUAACAAUUGACUUUUUUUAUUGUACUAGUCUCAUUUUAGAUCUUUUAGAGAUUAGAAAAUUUGUUGUUUGAUUGUUAAGCCGUUAUAAGGCAGAGGCGGCGGAACGUUUUGUAACUUGGGGGAGGUGUGGGAGGCGCAUCUUCCACUCAGCCACGCGCAUACCCCUACUCAAAUUCUCCAAAAUGCCCUUCGCGUUGUUCGUUGGCGCAAGCAAACUUCUUUGCAAUCUUCACAGUGUCUAGUGUGGCCGUAUUUCGAUUUGUCACAAUGCAUCAGUAGACAGUUUUUAGGCGGUCCUGAUUCAUGGUGCUUCUUAGGCCCCGUCCACACGUAUCCGGAGAUUUUUGUAUCCGCAAAUUUUUUAAUGCGGAUACACCUAGCGUCCACACGUGUCCGCCGUAUACGCUCGGUGUAUCCGGAGAUUUCUGUAUACGCUCUCCAGAGUGGAAAUUUCUGUAUUCGCUCUGUAUCCGGAUACGUGUGGACGCUCGUAGCCGUAGAUUUUUUUAUACGCUGACGUCACAGUAUCAGAACCAGUCUUUUUCCGCGCGAGAUUUUCCAUGCUCUGUUGACUAAUCCUUUGAGAUGUCCGGAUACGAAUCGGAUACGUGUGGACGGUCAUAUACGAUUCGUAUACGCUACAUGUGGACGCAGAUUUUUUUGUAUCCGCAUAAAAAAAUUUGCGGAUACAAAAAUCUCCGGAUAUGUGUGGACGGGGCCUUAGAUAGUUCGCAAGUCGUCUGAGAGCAGAAAAUGUGAAUGUGUGCUUUGAAGUCGGCCAUGUCACAGGUAAUGUCAAAUACAUCCGUAAAAGUGUCUUCCAGCACCAAAACGUGGAAGGGGGGGUUCUUCCCCCCAAUAUUUGUUAUUUGUUUUUUUUGGGGGGAGGGGGGUGGGGGCUACGGACCCUCCUGCUCCCCCUGCUCCGCCGCCUAUAUAAGGGGUGUUUUGAGAUUAGAAUUUUGUGUAAGUUCUUAUAUUUAGAGCUAGGAACAGUGCAAAAAUUUCUUGCACUGUGCAUACUGCAAUUCAGUUUCAUUUCCGUGCCAUUGUCCAUUGGAGUAUACUCUAGUGCAAUCUGUUAUGAUCAUUGGAAGACAAAGCCCUGGGCGAGCCUGUUGUAAUACUUUAUAAAUAGCUUCAUGGAGGCGUUUUGUCUCUCGAAAAAAUUUAACGUGGAAAUGAAAUUAGUUUUAUGGUUUUAGACAACUGCGCCUUGCUAUUGGCUAAAUGAAUCAUGCGCGAUUUUCUCGACGAAUCAGAAUAAAACUAAGUAGUCGAUCGUGACUGGGUUGUUCUUGUUUUACAGCGAUUGAUGCUGACUGCAAUGACUGCAUGUAAUUGCUUUGAGAUCUGAUUGGUUCAUUGGAUUGUUGCUAUAGGAUUAGAAAUUUUAUUAUUAACUAUAAUUCAGUUAUACUACUGUUAAUUCCUCUCCCCUUGUGGCUGUCCCUUUUUUUUAUUAAAACAAAAUUAAAACAGUAUUAGGGGCUAACUCGGUAACCUUCCACCUUUUUUUUUUUUUGCUUCCGCUUUAACUUUCGCGCAAUAACUCGAUUGGAAACGCUUGCUACGCAGGCUAACCUCACGGUUCCUUUAGCCUCCAGGCUCCAAAUACUGAUUAAUUAUUAUUCUUAGUUAUCGCAUUGUAAAUUUGUAAUGUAUAGAACUUUUUUCUUGUGAUAAUUCAAAGUGUGUGAGUCAAUAGAGCAAUUUUCAAUUUAGUGUUGAAAGUAAUCCGGGAUUGCAUUGGUUUUGCUUUACUGUGCUCUGUGAGUGGUCUAGAAAACUCGCGCCACCUUCUAAGCCAAUCAGAUACAAAAUAAAAAAGAUUGUUGGUGUUUGCGUUUUUUUUUAGUUCCCUGAUAUUUUCGUUUUUUGAUGAGCAUGCGACACUCCGAAAAGCGCUCUAAAAGAUUGUUGGUGUUGUUUUUGUUUAGUGCCCUUUUCUUUUGUGAGCAUGCGUGACCCGGCUCUUUCUAAGGCAUCUGAAUAGAAUUUUUUUCAGAAUUUUCUUCUGGUUGUUUAGUGUUCAGUCUUAAAGAUAACCCUGCAAAGGAUCCCGCUUAGGUUGUUAAUUCAACUUCGAGGAGCAUUUCCACGUUCAUAUCUUUUCCGCAGUUGAUAAUAUGAGUCAUUUCAUAUCUAACCAUUCAGUACUAAGUUCCUUGUUCUACUUUGCAACUCAUACUCUGGUACAUCCAUCUCUUCACAGGUAUGGUCAUUACGCUGAAGGAACAGGCUCAGUUCUCAAAAUGGCAGAUAUCGAUGUAAGAUUCCGAUGGCUUUUAAUAAAACGGUACCGAUAUCACAUUUACAAGGGAAAUUUCGCUGUUUUGGUAACACCCUUUUAGUUAUCUCAAGUAAUAGCUUGACAUUCCUCUAGCCUCCUGUAUUCCUCUAUAAAUUAUGUUCAAGUAAGCAGUCCCAACUAAGAAUGGCAGGGAAUGGAGAGAAGGACAAUUGCAAUGGAAGAUAAGUACAUUUAUAAGGAAGUUGGCAUACGUAAAGAAACAAAAAGUGAACCUUUUUUGUUGGUUGUCCCAGGGUGAAACAUAAAUAUCUGCUUUUUUCUUCUUUUAGAAAAAUGUGAAAUUUAUUAUGUCUCCUAAUGUCCGUCGUUCGAGCUGGAACCACUGAGUUAUGGAAAGACUCACACUAAGCAAGACCAUUUACAGUUUCAUAUGUAGUGCAUACGUUCUGCCUCCUGCUAGGAUUAAUUUCGGCAACGUCUUUUGCUUGAAAAUUAAUACUGACAUGAUCUCCUAUAUAUUCUUCUUCCUAUUUUGAACCUAUGGUUUCAAGUAAAAAGUUUUACCUAAUUAUCUUCUACUUCAUUUUGUUGAUCUGCAGUUACUAUUUUGCUUGUGUUAGUUUGCCAGAUUAAGUGGUUUGCUAUUGCCUUCUUAGGACACAGAGAUCUUUAACAGAUACAGAGAUCUUAAGGAUGGGGAACAGAAAUCUAAAUUGCUGACUGCGUUGAAGCUAAGGUACUUUACUCCGCGCGAGGUGGCCAAUCUUCACGGAUUUCCUGCUGAAUUUUGUAAGUUUAAACUUCCUUAGCCCGUUCACACCUAAACCGCGCCUGUAAUCCGUCGCCAGUGUGGAUCCACAUCUCUUGUAUCGCGUAUGGCGUCGUCAACUUAAAUGAUGAUAGACAAAUUUUACGCGUGACCUCUGUAGGUGGGCGAUAUCUUUAGAACCAUACUCAGCAAACAGUUUCAAUGCCUAAAUAUUGCCUUAAAUAACAAAACUGGACCAUUAUUUUGGGAAUUCAUUUGAUGCGAAAAUAUUUUAGCUUUUUUGAAAGAUAGCAAAGAGCGUGACGUGGCCCCUUCAAAGUGAUGAUGUCUUGCAUAGAAGUUUGGCCUGAAUUUGGUCCAAAAUCUAAUACAUAUGUUUUUUUCGAUCCAGGCUUCCCUCCAUCAGUGACCGUCAAACAACAGUAUCGCCUGCUGGGAAACAGUUUAAAUGUUCACGUGGUGUCUGAGCUCCUUCGCUGUCUGUUCCAGGUCCCCGUAUGUAAUGUGAACAGUAGUGACCAUUGACCUCUGAACUCAGCCUAGUCCCUAGGCGUUCUCUCUUGACCCGUUGUCCG